AUGAAUAGAAAGAAUCCAAUGAGAGAUGCCGGCUCUGCUCUUAGAGACAAGUACAUUACCUCGCACUUAAAUGAGAGCUUGAAGAUUGACCACGAAUACCCUCCACUCCAGAAGGUUGGAGGGAUAAAAUACUUGCUUCCAAAGAUAACAGAGCUUGUAUACAACCCGUUGUUCUCCAAGGCCUCAUAUGACGAGAUUGGAAUUCAUCCGCCUAGCACUCUUUUGUUGCAUGGAGUUUCUGGGGUUGGAAAGACAUUCCUUGUGAAUUGCAUCAGCCAAGAGUACAAGCUUCCCAUAAUCAGGGCAUCCCUAGACUCUGACAAAGAGCUUCGGGAGUCAUUCAGGAAGUCUUCUCUGCUUGAGAGAUCCAUUAUACUUAUUGAAGACAUAGAUGUGCUGGGAGAAGACGACAAGAAAGUGAUUUCACAACUUUCUGAGUAUCUUGAAAACCACAAAGGAAAGUCGAUUGUUAUUGCCACUGCUCGAAAUCCUGCAUUUAUAAAUGAAAGUCUUAACAAGUUUGAUAACUCACUGCUUGUGAAGAUACCAACUGCAGCCGAAAGAAGAGAGAUCCUAAUUAGCCUUACUGAUAAGAUGAAGUGCCAGGAAACUGACUGGACGGAGCUUGCUAAGCUAAUGCCUGGGUUUGUUGCCAGAGACUUGAAAAGGGCUCUGAAGAUUGCCUCUACAAAGGCUGUGGCUGAUGGAUCUUCAGCUAUUAGGAUGAUUGAUUUAGAGGUUGCACUAAAAGAGAUGAAAUGGAAGGGUGCUGAAAUUACAUUUGAUAGCAUAGGGUCUCUUGAAGAUGUUAAGGACGAGCUCAACAUGAGCAUAAUCUUUCCAUCGAGAUUUCCAGAGAAGUUUCGAAAGCUUGGGAUUACAAGGCCCUCUGGGAUCCUUCUCUACGGCCCGCCUGGAUGUGGGAAAACGCUACUUGUUAGGGCGGUGUCGAAUAUGAGCCAUUGUAACUUUCUAAGCAUCAAGGGUCCGGAACUUAUAAGCAAGUAUGUCGGAGACUCAGAAAAGGAAAUAAGAAAGCUAUUCGAUAAAGCCAAGCAGUUACAACCCUGUGUCUUGUUUUUUGAUGAGAUAGACUCUCUUUGUGGAGAGAGAAAUGGGAAUGAAUUCACCAGCCGCAUAGUCAAUCAAAUAUUAACGCUUUUGGAUGGGCUUGACGAUAGAGGAGACGUGUAUGUGAUUGGAGCCACCAACCGGAUUGAGAGCAUCGACAAAGCCAUAUUGCGACCUGGAAGAUUUGACAAGAUCCUUAAAGUCCCAUUACCAUCUAAAGAGGGAUGUGUCGACAUAUUUAGAAAGUGCACCAAGGGAAUCCCAAUAGAGCCUUUUGAUUUUGAAGUGUUAAACCUGGAGGGUUUUAGUGGUGCUGAAAUAGCAGGCUUGAUCAGGGAUGCUGCAAUAUUAUGUCUGAAACAUAACUUCGAUUCAGACUCCCUUGUCAUAACUAAGGAAAACAUCAUAGAAGCAUUGGAAGCUGCAAGGGUUACCAAGGACUUCCGGUGA